UAAAAGAGACAAAAAUAUGUUUGCACAAAUAGAUUUUGUAAAUAUUUUGGUUGUCUUCCUCUUUUUUUGUAAAGCUUUAAGUCAUGACAUAAAUGAACAAUGUGGUUAAAGGCAAAAGUUUGGUGGAGUAGCAAACGCAAAUAAAGACCUGCAUGCUUCUAGUGCACUGAAUUUGUUAGUUUUUUUUUAUACAUGUUUUUUGUCUUACUUCCUGCGUCACAUGGAAAUGUGUGUACAUGUGGGUAAACCUGUGUGCGCGUGUGCGUGCAUGUGUGUGUGUGUGUUUGUUUGUGUGUAAAUAUAAUGGUUAACACGCCACAAACCAUUUUUGUAGCUUCUCACUUCUGCUUGACAAUCAGUUUCCCAGUAACACACUGACGUCUUCCACUCUUAGUGAGCAUACUUUAGAACAAGGUCCAAGUACAACUACAGGUAAGAUCACUGGAGACUUUAAAUGCAGUCUAAAGAAUAUUUGCAUACUUGCUACUUUUUCUGUACUUAUUUCUGCUAUACAGUUGUAUGAAGGCUAUACCUUGUGAUUAAUAACCUUCACACGUUUAACCAGGUCAUAUGCAAUUAGACUGCUAGAAAAUAUUUGAUAUUUAAAUUAUCUUGACAGGUGACAUCACCCUUUAAUCACAGUAACUCUCAGGAAGGCAAAAGAAAAAAACUGGUCCUUGCCAUGACACAGGCAAAUAUUUCCAUGGGGAAUGAGACCAACAGAUUACCUCCGUGGGAUAUUAUCCUCGCCUUGUUUUACAUGUUGAUCUUCAUCAUUGCUGUGCCUGGGAACUCCUUGGCAUUGUGGGCAUUCUGUCAUCAGAAGAGCACUUCACCCUCCAAGGUCUUCCUGAGAAAUUUGGCUAUUGCAGACAUCUGCUAUGUCCUUAUUUUACCUAUGCGUAUAGUUUACCACCUGUCUGGCAGCCACUGGCCCUUUGGAGACAUCCUCUGUCGACUGUCAGGAUUUCUAUUUUACGUGAACAUGUACUGUAGCCUCUACCUGAUGAGUUUCAUCAGCCUGGACAGAUUGCUAGCUGUGACUUUACCUCUAAGGUCCCAGGUGGUAAGGAAGCCUUUGCAUGCACAUAUAGGCGUGACCAUACUGUGGGUGAUAGUCAUUGUGGCUAUGAUUCCAAAUCUUUUCUCGCAAAAAAACCAAAACAACAUGGCUAACAACUGCAGCAUGCUGUACCUUGAAGGAAAAUCAGCCAAAGCUUUGAUCUCCACCAUAGUUGCUUUUUUAAUUCCCUUCACCACCAUAGUUAUCACCUCCCUAGUGAUUCUCUUAAAGCUGAGGAACCUGAAACAACAAGAAGAGCGUCCAGUGAAAGACAAAGCUAUGAAAAUGAUCGUACUCGUUGUGCUAAACUUCAUGUUUGCAUUUGUUCCCUAUCACGUGUGCAGGGUGAUAUACAGUCAAAGUAAAGCUGAAAGGUUGGAGUCGCUGUCAUUGAAAAGAGCCAAUCAGAUCACAUCUGCACUGAGCUGCAUCAGCGGCGUACUGGACCCCGUCAUGUAUUUCUUUUUGAACCGAGUUUACAGGAAUACAUUUCUUCAUCUGUUCUUUAAAACUCGGAGACCUUCUCUGUAAGCAUCAAAGUAAAAUUCUUGCUGAAUGACUGUCUUAUUGUUGGACAUUUUACAGAUUGGAAGGUCUUGUAAGUAUGAUUUAACACAUCAAAGAGAACUUUGGAGAAUUUUUUUUUUUUCAAAUCUGUAAAGCAAGUAGAAUGUAAAGAGUUUGAUAUGCUUUUUUCUGGUACUUUUGACUGAUGUUAAAUAUAUAAAUCUCUUUACAUUCAACAGUCAGAGUGUAGCUUCGAACCUCAGUGUAAAAAAAAAAUGAAACUGUGACCUACUUAUGCUUUUUCCAAGGAACUUAAAGCUCUAUUAGCUUUAGAUUGCAUUCAAAAGGUUUUCUCCCCUUCAAUGUUCUAGAUUUUGUCAACCACCAACUUAUUUUUUGUUAACUUGUUUUAUAGGAAAAGGUACUUUCUGUUUUUCUUUAUUAUGAACAAAGACUGGAUUAAAAUGCUUUUUUUGUGCAAAUAUGCUCUCUUGUGGAUUUCUGACAGGUUUGACCACUACUUCUUUUAGAAAAUCAAUAUUUUCCAAAAAAAAUAGUACGUUUCUAUGUAUAUGUUUCUAUGUCCAUCAGAGAAAAAUGAAAAUUAAACCACAUACUCAGUCGACUUUGAAGAGAAAUAUCACGUUUUCAGAAACAAGUAAAGGAGAAUACAGUCACAGCCAAUAAAUUAUUGUGGAAAUUUAAGAUCCAGAUAGGUGUGACAGUUGCAGCUGAAAGUACAAGCUCUUACCAAG